UGCCACGGAGCGCCCCUCGGGCCGUCGCCGCUCCUGCCCGGGCCCUUGCUGCUGCUGCUGUCGCCUGCGCCUGCUGCCCCAACUCGGCGCCCGACUUCUUCAUGGUGUGCGGAGGUCAUGUUCGCUCCUUAGCCGGCAAACGACUUUUCUCCUCGCCUCCUCGCCCCGCAUGUUCAGGACCAAACGAUCUGCGCUCGUCCGGCGUCUCUGGAGGAGCCGUGCGCCCGGCGGCGAGGACGAGGAGGAGGGCGCGGGGGGAGGCGGAGGAGGAGGCGAGCUGCGGGGAGAAGGGGCGACGGACGGCCGGGCGCAUGGGGCCGGUGGCGGCGGUGCGGGAAGGGCUGGCUGCUGCCUGGGCAAGGCGGUCCGAGGUGCCAAAGGUCACCACCAUCCCCACACCCCAGCCGCGGGCGCCGGCGCGGCCGGGGGCGCCGAGGCGGAUCUGAAGGCGCUCACGCACUCGGUGCUCAAGAAACUGAAGGAGCGGCAGCUGGAGCUGCUGCUCCAGGCCGUGGAGUCCCGCGGCGGAACGCGUACGGCGUGCCUCCUGCUGCCCGGCCGGCUGGACUGCAGGCUGGGCCCGGGGGCACCCGCCAGCGCACAGCCCGCGCAGCCGCCCUCGUGCUACUCGCUUCCCCUCCUGAUGUGCAAAGUGUUCAGGUGGCCGGAUCUCAGGCAUUCCUCGGAAGUCAAGAGGCUGUGUUGCUGUGAAUCUUACGGGAAGAUCAACCCCGAGCUGGUGUGCUGCAACCCCCAUCACCUUAGCCGACUCUGCGAACUAGAGUCUCCCCCCCCUCCUUACUCCAGAUACCCGAUGGAUUUUCUCAAACCAACUGCAGACUGUCCAGAUGCUGUGCCUUCCUCCGCUGAAACAGGGGGAACGAAUUAUCUGGCCCCUGGGGGGCUUUCAGAUUCCCAACUUCUUCUGGAGCCUGGGGAUCGGUCACACUGGUGCGUGGUGGCAUACUGGGAGGAGAAGACGAGAGUGGGGAGGCUCUACUGUGUCCAGGAGCCCUCCCUGGAUAUCUUCUAUGAUCUACCUCAGGGGAAUGGCUUUUGCCUCGGACAGCUCAACUCUGACAACAAGAGCCAGCUGGUGCAGAAGGUGCGGAGCAAAAUCGGCUGUGGCAUCCAGCUGACGCGCGAAGUGGAUGGCGUGUGGGUGUACAACCGCAGCAGUUACCCCAUCUUCAUCAAGUCCGCCACACUGGACAACCCGGACUCCAGGACGCUGUUGGUACACAAGGUGUUCCCCGGUUUCUCCAUCAAGGCUUUCGACUACGAGAAGGCAUACAGCCUGCAGCGGCCCAACGACCACGAGUUCAUGCAGCAGCCGUGGACUGGCUUCACCGUGCAGAUCAGCUUUGUGAAGGGCUGGGGCCAGUGCUACACCCGCCAGUUCAUCAGCAGCUGCCCGUGCUGGCUGGAGGUCAUCUUCAACAGCCGGUAGCCGCGUGGGGACAGGACAGAGUGUGAGCCGUGCAGGCCACCAUUCAAACUACUUUGCUGCUAAUAUUUUCCUCCUGAGUGCUUGCUUUUCAUGCAAACUCUUUGGUUGUUUUUGUUUGUUUUUUGUUUUUUCUUCUCGUCGUUCUUGUUUGUGUUCUGUUUUGUUUUGCUCUUUGAGAAAUAGCUUAUGAAAAGAAAUGUUGGGGUUUCUUUGCAAGGGGGCAGAUAUGGUUGGCAGGAUACCCCGAUAGGAAAAGGGGAAGCAGACAUCAGAGCACCACCAAACGCAGUGAACGAACGGGGAGCUAUGCCUCCACCGAGUGUGAAUCGGGUCAUCAUUUCACUUGUCAGGAGUGUGCAUGUGAGUGUGCGCGUCUGUGAGUGUGCAUGUGUGUGCGAGAACGACAGAUGGGGGAGACGGCGUCCUCUUUGUGUUGCUUACGGAUGUCCCCGGCUGAGAGGCUUGCGUUCCCAAGCUGUGUCUCUCUUGCCCUUUGGACACGCUCAGUGGGGCAGAGGCAGUACCUGGGCGAGCUGGCGGCGGGUGUCCCAGCAGCUUCCAGGAGCAAGGCUCUGCCCCCCGCCCAGGGAAGCCCCCGCCCCGCCUCUCCCCCUUCUAGGACACGGGCCUAUCCACAGGCUUCUGAGAAGCCAGCCUGCUAGAGGCUGAACCAGAACCAACUGUUCUCAUCCUUGUCCUGCUCCCCUCCUGCCACCCCGCUGCCAUCCUAGUGUCUUUCUUUUUUGGCCAUCUGCUCCUGGAUCUCUCUGAGAUGGGCUUCCUGAAGGCUGCCGGGGCAGCCCCGUUGAAGUGUUGCUCAGCCAGAGCCCUCUCAGGCCCUUCAGACUUUCCCCUGCCCUGGUUACAGCAGGUUUUUCCCAGACUUAGAAAACCAGCUCAGCACUUUCCUCACUUCCCCAUUCUGUGUGUUGAGCUCUGCUAUUAGACCAGCGACGGGGGCAUCCCUGGCAGGGACGUGCUCCACAGCCCCAUUCCCAAGAAGGAUUUGGUUCAUCAUAACCCAAGGUACCAUCCUAGGCCAACACCUGACUCUUCUUUCAUUUCGUCUACAACUCAUACACUCGUAUGAUACCUUGACACUGUUCUUAGCUCAAUGAGCAUGUUUAGACUUCAACAUAAGCUAUUUUUCUAACUACAAAGGUUUAAAUGAACAAGAGAAGCAUUCUCAUUGGAAAUUUAGCAUUGUAGUGCUUUGAGAGAGAAAGGACUCCUGAAAAAAAAACCUGAGAUUUAUUAAAGAAAAAAAUGUAUUUUAUGUUAUAUAUAAAUAUAU